AAGUUACAAAACCAGCCAGGGAGGGCCCAAACAAACAAAGUUAUCUUAAGUUCUUAACAAAUAAAAUGCAGUGCCCUGUGCCCAAAUAUUUAUAAUUUUAUACCUGAUUCCUGAGGUGAGGUGAGCAGUUGAGACUUGAGAGAGGCGGAGAGUAGAGAAUCAGAGAGAGGCUGAGGCGGUUCAGCUGGAGACUGGAGACUAGAGAGAGGCGGAGAGCAGAGAGUAGAGAGAAAGGUGCUUUGGUAAUGUUAUCGGUGAGAUGGAAAUUUACACCCUCCCCAUGGGAGGAGAUUCUGUACAAUAUUUAUGGGACAUCAUAUGAAUUACUUUAGAUAAAUUCUGAGCAAUUUUGAAGUUGAAGUGCAAGGUGGAUCUGAAUAUUCCCACAACAAUCAUGGAUUCUAAUGUCAUCAUGGAUAAUGCAAUUAUAGAGCCUCGUGAUGACAUGGAAUUUGAUUCGCAUGAAGACGCGUAUACAUUUUACAAAGAAUAUGCUAAGUCUGUGGGAUUUGGCACUGCCAAAUUAAGCAGUCGUCGGUCUAGGGCAUCAAGGGAAUUUAUUGAUGCAAAAUUUUCGUGCAUAAGAUAUGGAAAUAAGCAGCAAUCUGAUGAUGCCAUCAAUCCACGACCUUCUCCAAAAAUUGGUUGUAAAGCAAGCAUGCACGUAAAAAGAAGACAAAAUGGUAAGUGGUAUAUAUAUAGUUUUGUGAAGGAGCAUAAUCAUGAACUUUUGCCUGCACAGGCGCAUUUCUUUCGAAGUCACAGAAAUGCUGAUCCACUUAAGAAUGAUGUCCGAGUACGAAGACGGAAAAAUUUAGCAGCAGUAUCCAAGUUGUUCAGUGCCUAUCAGAAUGUUGAUUGCUUAGAGAGUUAUAUGAGAAAUCAGCAUGAUAAGGGACGGAGUUUGGUUUUAGAACCUGGGGAUGCUCAAAUACUACUUGAACAUUUUAUGCAGAUGCAGGAAGAGAAUCCAAGGUUCUUCUAUGCAGUCGAUUUGAAUGAAGAGCAUCGACUGAGAAAUGUGUUUUGGGUGGAUGCCAAAGGCGUGGAAGACUAUACUACCUUUGGUGAUGUGGUUUCUUUUGACACCACAUAUUUCACAAACAAGUAUAAAAUUCCAUUGGUGUUUUUUAUUGGUGUUAACCAUCAUAUUCAACCCACAUUGCUUGGUUGUGCAUUGAUUGCAGAUGAGACAGAUUUUACUUUUUUUUGGUUAAUGCAAACAUGGUUAUUAGCGAUGGGGGAACGAGCUCCAAGAGUAAUACUCUCUGACCAAAACAAUGCCAUAAAAGCAGCUGUUGCAGCAAUCUUUCCAGCCACGCAUCAUUGUUAUUGUCUGUGGCAUGUAUUGGAAAAGAUCCCUAGACAGCUUGAAUUUUUGAGCAUGUGGUAUGAUAAUUUUAUGGCAAAAUUUAAUAAAUGUAUCUAUAAGUCAUGGACAGAGGAACAAUUUGAAAGGAGAUGGUGGAAAUUGAUCAACAAAUUUAAUCUUAGAGAGCUUGAAUGGAUUCAAUCCUUGUAUGAGGAUCGCACACAUUGGGUGCCUACUUUUAUGAAAGAUUUAUCUUUUGCUGGGCUGUCUACACAUUUACGCUCAGAGAGCUUAAACUCUGUGUUUGACAAAUAUAUCCAAGGGGAGACUUCGUUGAUAGAUUUUAUGAAACGAUACAGGGAAAUUCUUGAAGAUAGGUAUGAAGAGGAAGCCAAAGCAAAUUUUGAUGCAUGGCAUGAAACACCUGAGUUGAAGUCUCCAUCUCCAUUUGAAAAACAGAUGUCACUAGUGUACACACAUGAAAUUUUCAAGAAAUUCCAAGUAGAGGUUUUGGGAGCAGCUGCUUGUCAUCUGAAGAAAGAAAAUGAAGAUGAGACGAUAACAAUAUAUACUGUUAAAGAUUUUGAAGAUAAUCAGAAUUAUGCAGUGGAAUGGAAUGAAUCAAAAUUGGAUAUAUAUUGUUCAUGCCGCUCAUUUGAAUAUAAAGGUUAUCUCUGCAGACAUGCCAUUGUUGUUCUCCAAAUGUCUGGUGUGUUCAACAUCCCAUCUAAAUAUAUAUUGCAGCGAUGGACUAAUGCUGCUAAGAGCAGGCAUAGCAUUGGUGAAAGAUUGGAUGAGGUGCAGUCUAAGGUCCGUCGAUUUAAUGAUUUGUGUCGACGAGCCAUAAUAUUGGGUGAAGAGGGUUCACUGUCUCCUGAGAGUUACAAUAUUGCACUCUGUGCGAUAAAAGAAGCUUUGAAGCAAUGUGCAAUUGUGAAUAACCCUGUAGAGAACGACACAAGAAAUAUGACCUCAACAACUCCUGCUAUUUGUGCUGUCGAAGUGAAUCAGUGCGGUAAUUCAUCUAAUGAGAUUGUUCCUGAUCCUAAAGUAACCAAUGGAAACAAGGCUCCUAGGAGAGCUGGGGCUGGGAAGGAAGUGGCAAGUAAUGAAAAUAGUUCGAGUAAUAAAGGAAAGGUACCCCAGCCAGAAGCUGUGAAUGUUGGCAUACAAGAUGGAUUUCUCCAAAUGGAAAUGUCUGACAUGCGGACUGCACAGUUACACAAUCAGUUUCAUAAUGUGGUGCCAACGCAGUUACAUAAUUUGGUACCAACAAUGUUUCACAAUGUUGCGUCAACACAGUUCCAUAAUGUAGCUUCAACAAAUUUGCACGAGAAUCGUCUCCCCCGAUAGCUUGACUUUAGCUUUUUUUGUAAAAUUAUGUACACAGUGGCUGCUCAAGGACCGUAACAUAAUUACUUGUUACAUUUUAUAGUUGCUAACACAUGCACGCGAAUGAAGAGUGUUGUGCAGUAAGGUGAUGUCGUCCUUCUACUCACCUAAAACUAGUAUGGUAAGAUCAGCUUUUAUUAUGAUAAAUGAAUUUUGUUGCCUGUA